AGAGAGGGUCCGAAUGCAAAUUAAAAAUUAGGAUCAAACGUAUCAUUUUAUCCAAACCCCAAGGACGAUUUAAGUAAUUUGUUCAUAGUUUAAUAACAAAAUAUCUUGUAAUCUUCAUUCUUGAGCCACUGCCCUGUAAGAACAAACUUGGAGUCGUGCUUCAUAUACUUGAAUGAUGAAAUUUCCCCAAUUUCGAUUCGCUGCUCCAAUCAACAAUUGAUCGGUCGAUCGAUCAAUUCUGAUAUAUCAAGCCUAAAGAAUUUUACUCUAACUUGAAAAACGAUGGAAGUUUCGCUAAUUCAUGAUACUUUAACAACAAUCGACAAAAAACACAGCCAUCGCUUAGGGUUUGCUAAUUCCCUCAUUCGUCGACACAACUUCGCAAUUUCUUCACCCGAUCAACAACAACGCCUCGAAAUCUGCGCUCAAAUGUUGCCGAUCGACGCAGUCGCUCCACCACCUGUAAAACCUAGCACCAUACCUAAGACAGGCGCUAGAAAACGUUCUCGUAUCAGAAAGAGAAUUAAAGUCGACAGCUUUGGUGCUGAUGAUGGAGGAGACGGAGGAGGGUUCUUUGGUGGUGGCGAUGGUCCGUUUGGCGGCGGCGGUGGUAGCGGUGGCGGUGGCAAUUUCCAUGGGUUUAAUUGGGAUGAAUCGUCUUCUUCGUCGUCGGAUCCGGCUUUCGAUUUCGUCUACGAGGCACUUACCUGGUUUGUUCUAUCAAAUUGCUUGCACUUCGCACUCAAGAGGGUGGUGAGGAUGGUAGCUGAUGGAGUUGCUGAUCCUGCUGAGAGAAGGUUGCGUUGAGGAUUUGAGGUUUGCGACUAUAUGCUGAAUUCGUAACUGGUAAACCCCGCUUUCCCUGAAUCAUAGUCGUUUAAGAUCAUUCUGAUGCAAAUAUUGUAUAUAAUUCAAAUGGUUUAUGCUUCUAUGUUUUGUUUGUACCGAUUGUUCUUAUGGCAGUGUAUAUAACUUACAAGAAUGAUUAAGGUUUCUUCAUGUCCUUUUGUUUUGUCUAAUUCGAAAUUAAAAUCUAGAUGCUUUGCUGCUUCA